AUGUCAUCAACUUACAUGGUAUUUCGUUGUGUAUUUACAAUAGUUAAUAUGUUUUUUUUUGCAUUGGGAUUUGCUGUUGUCGUUUGUAGUUGGUGGUUACAUAUAAAAUCGGUUGAUUAUCGACCAUUAAUGAAAAAUCAAUUAUUUACAGCACCUGUUAUAUUAAUUAUUUCAGCAAAAUUUUCUAUGUUACUUGGUGCUAUUGGAUGUAUUGGUGCAUGGUUUGAAAAGAAAAUUUUAUUAUUCAUUUAUAUUAUAACAAUGAUAGUUAUUUUCGUGGCCUUAUUACUUGGUGUUGUAUUUGUUAUUGCUUUUAAUGAACGAGUAGCAAUGACUGCACGAAAAGAAUUACUUGAAAAUAUUCGUCAAUAUCCAGGUGAUGAAGGUGCUGAUGAAAAUAAUUUUCGUAAAACAAUGAAUUCAAUACAGAAACGAUUUCACUGUUGUGGUGUUGAUCAAUAUCAAGAUUGGUUUAAUGCUGAUGUAUGGACUGGACAACCAUAUGUACCAGAUUCAUGUUGUAUUGAAGAAACAAAUGGUUGUGGAAAACAAAUUGCUGCUAAUGAAACUUAUGGUUUAAUUUAUAUUGAUGGAUGUUUCAAUAUGAUUCAAAUGGAAAUUAAUCGAAAUUUAAUGAUUGUUGGAAUUUUAGCUUUUGUUCUUGUAUUUGUUGAAGGCUUUUGUAUCGUUGCUGCUCUUGGUCUACUUUGUUAUCUUCGUCAACGUGAUCGUUAUAUUUAA